AUGGAGAAAAUAUUGGCAGUGCUGAAUUGCACUCAAGAACAGAAGGUUCUCUUCGCCACCUUCAAACUGACAGGAGAGGCCGAACGAUGGUGGACAGCAGUGAAACUGCUGGAGGAGCAGCGAGCAGUACCUAUGGUGAUGACCUGGGGAUGUUUCAAGGAGUUCUUCUAUGACCGAUAUUUCCCCUCCACCACCAAGAAUGUGAAGGCGGAUGAAUUUUUCAAUCUGACUCAGGGGCACCUCAUAGUACAGCAAUACACUGCUAGGUUCAUGGAGCUUUCUCACUUUGCUUCUUUCAUGGUCCCGGAUGAAUAUCAAAAGGCAAGAAUAUUUGAAAGGGGCCUGAACCAUAGGAUCCAUGAGCACAUGGUAGUAUUUCAGAUACAGGACUUCUCAGAGCUAGGGAAUAAAGCCACUAUAAUGGAGUUGAGCCUACAGAGAGGUGCUGAAACAUUAGAGUGA